GUAAGACAGGAGAGCUGCUGUUGCGCGGUGUCUCGGGUAAGGGUGAGCACACCGUCAUGGAGCGUCCUCUGCCGGGCGCGGCUGAAAGCGAGCGGCGCAACGCGGUGUGAUCCAGUCGGCUGCAGUUGGCGGUCCAGUCCCUGCGGUGAGCGCGUCGCCGUGUCCGCGGACCCUCUUACAUUAUCCCUUUCAUGUGCCCUGGUCAGCGGCAGUUCUCACAUCGCCUCCCCGGAUAACUCCAUCCCUUCAUCUGGCCAAUCUUUCAUCUUUUGAGGUCGCCCUCGUUCUUGUCGCUUUCACGGCCUCUGUGCGGUUGUGCUGGCCGUGCGAGACUUCUCGCCGCGUGUGCGUUCGUCCGUGUAUGACCCGCUACGGUUGUGACUCGAAAAUCGUCAAAAUGAAAAUUCGUGUCGGGCUCCAAACUGUGAAAUUUUGCUCCUCGUGCGAACGAGCUUGAAAAAAUUCGCCGUGUCCCGAGCUCGGUUUCCGUCAAGUUCACCUUUUGCCCAUUUACCGAAGGGCCUCUCCCAAGAUAAAAUUUUGGAUCGUUUUUUGCAGUAAUUUCUAUUCUUUUUUUUUUUACUUUUUUAUUUAUUUUUUAAAUUUAUUUUGUAUUUUUAUACCCAAGUGAUUUUAAGUUCUGUGAGACUUCAGUGCUUGGUUUUGUGAAUAAAAGGGAUACCACAAUGCACUUGGUUCAGACGAUGAUGUGUGCGGGGAAAGUGACUGGGCUCGAAAAGUUUCGAAUAGGGAAUCAAGUGCGCCGAAGGAGGAAAAACUGAUUUCCUUAUGGUGACGUGAGAGGACGGAGCGGGGCUGUGUGCGAAGCGUGAAGCGUAAUGAAUACGUUGAACGUCGAAGCCGAGAACAAGGUGAUCCUCAACGUGGGCGGGAUCCGUCAUGAGACGUACAAGGCGACGCUCAAGAAGAUCCCGGCCACCCGCCUCUCUCGACUCACCGAAGCCCUCGGCAACUACGACCCCAUGCUCAACGAGUACUUCUUCGAUCGACACCCCGGGGUCUUCGCACAAGUCCUCAACUACUACAGAACGGGGAAAUUGCACUACCCGACGGAUGUGUGCGGGCCUUUGUUUGAGGAGGAGUUAGAGUUCUGGGGCUUAGAUUCGAACCAAGUCGAGCCUUGUUGCUGGAUGACCUACACGCAGCAUCGAGACACGCAAGAGACGCUUGCUGUGCUGGAUCGGCUGGACUUGGACACGGACAAGCCCUCAGACGAAGAGAUGUUCAAGAAGUUCGGCUUCGAGGAGGCCUACCUCAAAGACUCCCUCUCCUUCUGGCAGCGCAACAAGCCCAAGCUCUGGUCCCUCUUCGACGAACCCUACUCCUCCACCGCUGCCAAGGUAAUAGGGGUGGUCUCGAUAUUCUUCAUCUGCAUCUCGAUCCUCUCGUUCUGCCUGAAGACGCACCCGGACAUGCGCGUGCCGGUCAUCCGGAACAUCACGGUGGCGACCUCGCGGAACACCUCGGCCUGGACGCUGGACAAGACCCAGACGAACGCCCACGAAGCCUUCUUCUACAUCGAGUGCCUCUGCAACGCCUGGUUCACCUUCGAGAUCAUCGUCCGCUUCAUCGCCUCGCCGAACAAGUGCGAGUUCGUCAAGGCCUCCGUCAACAUCAUCGACUACAUCGCCACCCUCUCAUUCUACAUCGACCUUAUCCUCCAGAAGUACGCCUCCUACCUGGAGAACGCCGACAUCCUCGAAUUCUUCUCCAUCAUCCGGAUCAUGCGACUCUUCAAGCUGACGCGACACUCGUCCGGCCUCAAGAUCCUCAUGCAGACGUUUCGGGCCUCGGCCACGGAGCUGACCCUCCUCGUGUUUUUUCUCGUGCUAGGCAUCGUCAUCUUCGCCUCUCUCGUCUACUACGCCGAGAGGAUCCAGGCCAACCCGCACAACGACUUCAACUCGAUACCCCUCGGGCUCUGGUGGGCCCUGGUCACGAUGACUACCGUGGGCUACGGGGACAUGGCCCCCAAGACCUACGUGGGCAUGUUCGUGGGUGCCCUCUGCGCCAUCGGCGGUGUCCUCACGAUCGCACUCCCGGUCCCGGUUAUCGUCUCCAACUUCACCAUGUACUACUCGCACACGCAAGCUCGAGCCAAGCUCCCGAAGAAGCGACGGCGGGUCCUCCCCGUGGAGCAGCUGAGGCCCCCGACGAGGCCUCACGGACCCGGGCAGGGGGCCUCCGGGCCCGGCAGUGCCACCCCCUCCCUCAACGCGCCUCCCUCCCAGCAUGGCCCGCCGGUCGCCGUCAGCAAGCGGAUGAACGCCAUCAAGUCCAACUAUCCCAAGGACAUGAUGCCGCCGAAAAUGGUUGGUGUGACAAUGACAUUGAAUCCGAAUGGAGUGGGUGUGAAAGUGGAGCCUCUAGCAACCAAUCACAAAAAGGCAAGCGCAUGCCCAGAAUCAUGUCCUGGGUCAACUACCACGGCCACAUCCCUCCCUCCUCCGACUUUAAGCGCAAAGGACCACUAAGGAUGAAACAACCUCCCUCUUUUUACCCCUUCAUUUUAAACGGUAUUCCUGAUCUGAUCUCCAUAUCUUUAGAUCCUCUCGUUUUUAUAACAGCUUUGACAUGAAUGUUAUUCCAGUGUUCGCCGAAAAAAAUGGAUUGCUGAUUUAGCAAUUAAAUUGUUCAAAAAUAUGACCGACGUGUUUCAAAGUGUACAUUUUACAAUAGUGGGAAGCUAAUUUAACCACAGGGGUGGUUAAUUUAGCAUUUUUUAAUCGUAAAAUCUUCAUUGAAACAUGUUGGACCCUUAUUUUAACUAUAAAAUUGUUAUAUCAGCAAUUUCAUUUUUUUCCACGUUGCUUCAAAAUACAGCGGGCCGAUUAUUGAAAUUUAAACCAGCCCGAUAAGACAUCGAAUUGCGAUAUAUUGCACGGUUCAAUAAUCGCCCCGCAGAGAAGUGAGUGUUUUGAAAUAAGAGAGAGAAUCACGUUAAUAUACAACUUUGCAAAAUGAAGUGAUUUUCGUGAGACAAAAUAUGUUUGGACCACCAUUUCAUGACAAUCCGAUGAAUUUUGUGAAGGGACAGGGAUCUGGGUCUGCUUUUUGAAGGAGACAGAGGAAGGAAACGCGGAAAGAAGCAGUGUUAAACAUUUCGUUACCUUUUUGAGAUCAAGGCGUGGGUUCCUCGCCUUACUCAGGGUAAAAUUGGUUACUUUUUGCUGUCAGAUCUGAUGGUUCUAUCUAACUGGAAUCUUAAAAGAACAGUCCUCUGUGCUUUCAUCCAUACCUUUUAUUUUACAAGAAAAAUUAAGGAAAUACACUCCCAGCAAAAUUUCAACCGGAACUUCUGACGAGAGACUCCAUUAGCUCAUACCUAAGAUUUUGGUGAUAAGAUCUUAUGUGAUCUGUAUGUGACCAGGACCUCUCUUUGUGGAUCAACACUUAGCCGCUCCUCUUUUGAAUUACAAUGAAUUAACUCAUACAGUGUGGUUGUUAAAAAGUCACGCAAAUGAAGGGUUCUGGACCUGUGUAAGUUGGAUGAUUUAUUUGCUAAAAUUAAAGGGCCUAAAGUUUUUCACUUAUCGGGAAUCGGACGUACAUUUAAGCAAUAGACAAACAAGCGCCAACUUAAGUUAGAAAAAAUUUGAACUGAUUAGUCCUAAUAUAUAUACUACAUAAAGAUGUAAAAAUUAUGAGCCUGUCAAUAAUCAAUUUGUAAGUAAAUGGUCAUUACGUCGAUGGCUUAUCGUUCAAAUAUGUGUAAAUACUUAAAAUUAGCUUUUUUCAAAGAACCAGUGAGCAUGAAAUUUUGUUUUUCAUGCUUGGAUUUUCUUGUCUUAAGCCAUUUCAUGAUUUUAUCUUACUUCAUUUCUACCUUUCAUUUUUUGUUUUUUGGAAUAUGCUGACACCAUUGCUUCAUAGCGUUUCUUUUUUAUGGUUCGAUGAUCACAUUCUAAAUAGGGGCUUAUUCAGGACUUUAUUCACAGCAAUGUUAAGUUUGACCUAUCAUAGAAUUCUGCCAUGAUUUUUUGUUCUGUAUGAAUUAUCAUGAAUACUCGUGAGAGAGGAGGCCACAGAUGUCCCCUUCCUCCCAAAGAUUGCCGAAAAUUAGCAGAAAAUUUAUGAUGGGGGGGGGGGGGGGGGGCACAGACACGGAGGAAAACAGAAACUCUGUAUCACGUAGGUAUACUUGAAACUUUUGUAACAUUCUGAUGAAAAAAAUGCGGAAACAGGUGUCAGGUAAAUCAUGUGAGAGUUUCUAUGAUAAGCUCUUUACAAAGCACUUUUCUAUAAGUUUCCUGAUCCAUAAAUUGGAAAGUAAAGUUGAAAAAAACCGAUCAGAUCAACCAUAGUUGCAUUCAUUUUAUAAAGACUUGAUUUAUGUAUUUAAGAUUAAACAACAUUUAGAGAACUUUAAUAAGCUGGUCUACUUAAAAUGUAUUACUUUAGACAAGCAUCAAAUAUUGGACCACAUGUUAUGCCUAACCAAGGCAAGCUGAUAGAAUGGUAACAACAUUUAACAACCCACCUAUCUUCCCGAUUGUUCCCUCACAUUCUAGCUCUAUUCUUGAUUUGUAUUCAGAACCGAGUAUAUUUAAGAACCCUUUCCAUCGUGCAGAAAAUUAAAAUGAAGUCUAUACUUAGAGGAUGCAUGGUCAAAGCUAAGAUUUCAUGAGGGUGGAUUACCUACAAUUGAAGCACUGGAUGCGAAAAGGGCACUUCCGCUUGCAGUGUUCCAGAAUCUCCUCUAAUAUUUCAUUCAUUGUAAGGAAAGUCCACUUUACGAAAAAUUUUACUGAAUAUUCCUUAUGAUUCUGAAAUUUUUUAUCAAAAGAAUUCUGGAAAAACCACCCAUUAAAGUCGUCUCCAAGGCAUUAAUAAGCAACAGAGAUUCUGAAACACCGCAAUUGAGAAGUGCCCUUCUUGCAUCCAGAGCCUCAAUUAUUCUUUUUUUUAUAGUUGUUCGUAAAGAGAAAGAUCCAGAACACUGCUGCAAGAAAAUAUUUCUUCUUUUGUUAAGAAGAAGUAACUGAUUUACAAUUUAAAUUAUUCGACAAGUGUAACUCUUAAACUCAAGCCUCAUUUUUCUUUUCUGCACUUAUUUCUUUUUUUCAUUCCCACUAAAGGGGCCAUCUUGUGCAAAAAUCCAAAUUUCAGCAGCUGAAGUUAUUCUUUCUAUCUUAUUCUACAAUGUUGAUAGUGAAAAGCUUGUCUAAAAUCUCAUUAUAUUUUGAUAAUUCAGAUUACUUACAACGGUUUUGGCUGUGAGUAGUUUAUUUCUGAUAGGUAGGUAAUUCCUGAACCUUUGGAUUCUGCAAACCUGGAUAAUUCUGGAUUUUCUGGAUAAUUUUAUUGUAUUUGUGAGGCAAAUAAUGCAGUCAUAAAUAAAACACUAUGAUUGACACUCAAAGUGGAUAGAAAAGGUGGAGGUCCAGUUAGAUUCACUGUUCAUUUUCCCCAAAAACCAAUAAUUUGCAGACAAAUAUUUUCAAUUUUUUGGGACUAUGCUUUUGAUGACUGGAUAGAAUCAAGCAAAAUAAUGUAGAAAGGAUGUAUAGUGGACUCAUGAAGAAAAAUGCAUUUUUUGGUUUUCAUUAACUCUUCAGUCUUGACCCAAGUUCAUCAUUAUUUAAACGAAAAUUUCUUUGAAGAAAUGUAUCUGAAAAUGCUAGGGAUCCUAGCCUGAGUACAUAUUCGAACGCUUUUGUUGAUUCUUCUCAUAUAGUGGCUUGGAAGCGACUUUCCAGCAACAUAAAAUAAGUAUCCCAAUAGUUUUUCUAUUUAAUGUCGUCUAAUUUUAGCACUGAAUAGAAACCUCUCUUUAUGCUUACAUCUUUUCCGAGCUUGAACAUGAGCAAAGCUAAAGAAAAUCACUAGUGUCAAAGAUAAGGACCCAUGUUGUCUUUAGGGAAUCUAGUGUAAGUAACUGCCUAAAUGCAUAACCUUCUUUUCUUAAAUUGUUUCCCGAGAGAGGGUGGGUGAGUCCCUAACUUUGCUUAAUAGGUCAAAUUUAUUUGUUAGUACAGUUGGACUUGGUCAAUUUUUCUGAGGAAUUACGCGUAUUCUAAAAAGAUGAUUAGAUGUAAUUUAAAAAACAAAACAAAAACAGAAAAACUGAAAGUUUACAAAUUUUGAAAGAAAAGAGCACAGUUUCUAAGCAAAUUGUGAUAAUUAAGCUCUCUUGAAUGGUGAAGAAUAUGCGUCCUGCACCCUUCAAUUCUCAGUGUUUUUACUAUAACUGACCAUUUCACAUUUUUCCAUUUCCCAAACAUGCUGGUAUCUUUCAUCAUUACUAAGCAUCAUACCUAUCUGCUGUUUUGUUUGCAGCAAAAGAGAUAAUCUUAAUAACGGAUGCCCAGAGGGUUAAAAAUAAAUUUUUCAUCUAACUUUUCUAUCCAUUAUUUAGAGAUGUCAAACCACCGUUUUAAAAGUGUUAUUGAGUUACAUUGCAUUUUUUAACUUAUUCUAAUGGACGCUUUUAGUUGUCUCAAUUUCCAACAUUUAAUUUUAUACAAGUAGAGUUGUCAAUAAAUAUGCAUAGACAUCCCUUUCCUCUCUCUUUUUUUCUUUUUUUUAAAAACUCUAAUAAGUAUAUUCUUAGUAGUUCAAAAAAUCGUCAACGAAAAUCUUACGUAUGUACAAAGCUGCAGCAACAAAGGUUGGUGACUCAUGAUAGCCAUUAUGAGAAAUUCUCGAUCAUAAUUUUUAGCAACAGAAUUUUCUCUGCAGUUGUGGUUUUUUACCCUCAGUUUUACAAGAUUAGCAUUUUUUACCCUGCAUUUUUCAAAUUGUACCUCAGAUCUAAGUCACAGCUCUAAAUUAAGAGCCAAGGAUAACAAAAACACCUGAUUAAAUUUUGAUGAUGGCUUCCAUUCUACUCAUAUCAAUAUAAUCGCGUGUAGGUACAAAAAAAAUACUUGCCACUCAAAAAUUAAUAUCCUGAUUAAAUAUAUGAUAGAAGAAUAGAGAGAAAAAAAAUAUGUUCGAGGAAAUUACAUCCAAUUUGGUUUAUAGUAAAACCAAUUGUAAACAAUUUUGACUACAUUUUGCCAUGAGGAACUUAUAUUCCUCACUCAUCCAUAAAAGCACUUAUCUGCAAACAAAAACUAAAGGCAUAAAUGUUGUUCCAAAAAUGCGACAAAACUAGUGGUUCCUCAUGGCAAAAUGUGAUCCAACGGACUAGUAGACGUAAAGUUUCCCAAAAAUUGAAGAUUUUGACCAUAUGCAUUAAUUCUCGACUCAUGUGUGAGGCAGCAAAAAUUAAUUGAAAAACUCGUUCAAAGGAGCUUGAAAAAAUUAUUGAAUUUUGUUUUUCAUUGGAAGAACCUUCAGUGAAAAAAUGAAACAGACUUACUGAUUUACACAUCAGCUAAAAUCUUGCCUUUUCAUAUGCCUAUUACCCUAAACUCACUAAUGAAUUUAUUUAAAAAUUAAUUUGUUUACGGCAUCAGAGUUUUUCGUAUUGCUAUCUAUCAACAGUGAAUUUCAAGCCAUCAUUUCUCUUGAUCAGCUUCACGACUCGGGUACUUAAAACAUAAUGAUCUAUGAAUAUAAUUUUACCAA